AUGUUUAGCGAACAUCUUACUCACCAAACGCUGAUAGGUUGCUUCGGUGUCUUUGAGGAUGAUAAACGUUACGUUGUAGUAAUAGAGUUCUUUGUCAGUGAUGAACACAAUGUUCUCUUAAUCGGUAAUGUGCAUGAAGAUAUGGUUAUAACCUUAGUAGGCAUCCAUGAUGCUGAGCAACUCAUGAUUUGUGGUAGCAUCAACAAGCUGAUCAAUUCUGGGAAGAGGGCUGAUGCUGAUCUGAUGGCAAAUGACAUCAAGAGAGAUGCCAGGCAUAUCAUUAUACGACCAGGAGAAGAACUAGGAGUUUUCUCUUCGGAAGAUAAUAAUUGCAGUCCAUAG